UAACAUAAAAUAUAUGAUUCUGAUGACAUUCUACAAGAAAGUUUUAUUUGUGAUAUGAUAAAUACUCUAAAGGAAUGAAAUAGCUAUAUAUAAUAUAAAAUAUAUGUAUAUGCGUGUGUGUGUGUAUAUAUAUAUAUAUGUAUGCCAAUAUGUAGAAGAUUGAAUAAAUAUUCUGUUCCUCUUCUAUAGUUGAUGUAUAUGAAAAUAGAAAAUGGAUCAUGAAGAGGAAUUUCUAAAUAAUUUUUUUACUCAAGUAACACAGUUAUGCUCAGAUAAAGCAAAAGAACUUGUUGAGAAAGAACGAGAAUCAUGCAGGCAAACACAAAUGGGUCCAUGGGGAAUGUUGUUGAUGACAUUACCACAAAUAGCAUUUACAGAGCGCUCUUAUGCAGAUCUUGGUUUUCUUCACACUAAAAACAAAGGCUUCCUGAGGAAAGAUAAUUCCUUAAAAACUGUCUAUGAAUCAUUAAAAUCAGAUCUUCGAAGGUUAGAAGAAAUGACAAGAGGAACGAAUGCCAUCGGUGCUAUAGUUGCAGAGGUUUCUAGUCAACUUUAUCAAUUCAUUGUUGCAAGGAUCCAGUUAAUAGAUUUUUAUGAAAAAAUGCACAGUAUGAGCAUUAACAACAAAGUAAUGAAAUAUCAAGAAUUAUUACAAUCUAUUAAUACAAUAGUACAAACACAUUCUUUGUCUUGUUCUCAUUUGGCACUAACGGCUAUAAAAACAACUUUGACUUUGGAAUGUGAAAUAUUGGUUCAACUAACAGAAGCGCAUAUAGAAAUACAACAUUGGAGAUUUUUACCUACUCUUAUGGCACUUUUUGGAGCACAGACACGAAUGUCAGCAUGGGAAAGAACUUUACAAAGCAAAGAGUCAUGGAAAUUGGGCUUUGGCGCUACAUUUCUUAAAGCUAAUCAACAGCCAGCAUUGUAUCAGUGGUUAGUAAAAUUAAAAAAUGCCAUAUUAGCAAAAUGUUCUUUAUAUAAUAUGGAUCCCAAAAUGACUUUAGUGACUAUAUAUGAGACUGAGAAACAGAAGGACAAAGAAAGGCAUGUCUCUACAUUUAUGUCCGAUAUGUGUACACAAAUCAAGUGCAACAAAAUUUAUGAAUCUUUGAAAUUGGCGAAAUAAGAAAAAUAAGAAUAAACUAUUAUAAAUAAUCUACAAGAUGUGCACCAUAAUCCUUUUGGUACUUAUACUUUUAUCAUAUUCUUAUUAUUAAUGUAGUAAAUAUUCCUGUAUUAUCAGGAAACGUAGAAACAAUGGGAAAUAAACAAUCGCAUGCUGCUUACUUUUA